AUGGGGUGGUGACCCUCCCAACUCUGCUCUACUGCCAUGUGGCCCAAUGUCAGUUCUCUGGGACCCUGUUUCCGGCCAACAAACAUCACGAUGGAGGAGCGGCGCCUGAUCGCCUCUCCCUGGUUUGCCGCCUCCUUCUGCCUGGUGGGCCUGGCCUCCAACCUCCUGGCGCUGAGAGUGCUGGCAGGCGCCCGGCAGGGCAGCUCGCACUCGCGGUCUUCCUUCCUCACCUUCCUCUGUGGCCUGGUCCUCACCGACUUCAUGGGGCUGCUGAUCACUGGUGCCAUCGUGGUGUCCCAGCAUGCCAUCCUCAACUGGCACGCCGUGGACCCCAGCUGCCGCCUCUGCCGCUUCAUGGGUGUUGUGAUGGUCUUCUUUGGCCUGUGCCCGCUGCUGCUGGGGGCCGCCAUGGCCUCGGAGCGCUACCUGGGUAUCACGCGGCCCUUCUCGCGCCCUGCGGCCGCCUCACAGCGCCGUGCCUGGACCACUGUGGGGCUGGUGUGGGCCACGGCGCUGGCGCUGGGCCUGCUGCCCCUGCUGGGCGUGGGCCGCUACACUGUGCAGUACCCGGGCUCCUGGUGCUUCCUCACGCUGGGCCCCGAGCCUGGAGAUGUGGCCUUCGGCCUGCUGUUUGCUCUUCUUGGCAGCUUCUCGGUGGGGCUGUCCUUCCUGCUCAACACCAUCAGUGUCGCCACUCUGUGCCACGUCUACCAUGGGCAGGAGGCUGCCCAGCAGCGCCCACGAGACUGCGAGGUUGAGAUGAUGGCUCAGCUCACGGGCAUCAUGGUGGUGGCCAGCGUCUGCUGGAUGCCGCUGCUGGUCUUCAUCGCCCAGACAGUGCUGCGGAGCCCACCAGCCAUGAACUCAAGCGGGCAGCUGUCCCGAGCCACGGAGAAACAGCUACUCAUUUACCUGCGCGUGGCCACCUGGAACCAGAUCCUGGACCCCUGGGUGUACAUCCUGUUCCGCCGGGCUGUGAUCCGGCGCCUCUAUCCUGGCCUCGGUGCCCAGUCCAGGUCACUCUCUCUGCAGCCCCGGCUCACCCGGAGGCCCACGAUGGCAUAGGGCUGGGGUAGACAUCAGUGGUGGCGCUGGAAAGACAGCUGCACAUCCAACCUCGAUCCUCCCUUACAGACGGCCACAUCCACCCAUUCUGAAGUCCGGGAGAUGGGAGUGCAGGAUGAAUCAAGAGUUUGAGUGGCAGGAUUUUGAGCUGUCUCCCAUCAGCCUGGGAAACCCCACAAGUCUUCCCUGACCCCCUUAUCCAAGGCCUUUCUCUUCUCUCAGGCCCCUCCCAUCCCCAGGAUGGGUGAGUGGGGGUGUAGGGAGGGUGUCUGGAGUCAAUUAAACUUGUAAGCCUCUCCUUCCAGAAGUCCUCAGGAAACUGGGGAUUCUGCCCACUGAAUAUGACCUAUUCUCUGAGGUACAACAGUUGAUACCCUUUGACACCACAACCCAAGAAGGCUCUGUCUAGAAAAGUUUGAAUAUAAAUGGGUCCUUCUCUUGCCAAAAUAUA